CAGGAUCAUGUGGAACCCGGGGGGCACCUGUCUCAUCCUCCUGCCCCUUGUGCUCCCCAUCGCCUGGGCACAGGGAGACGGCAAAGAGGUGGAAAAUACAGGCAAUUUUAUGGAGGAUGAGCAAUGGCUGUCCUCUAUUAACCAGUACAGCGGCAAGAUCAAGCACUGGAACCGCUUCAGAGAUGAGGUAGAGGACGACUACAUCAAAAGUUGGGAGGAUAAUCAGCCAGGAGAUGAAGCUCUGGACACUACAAAGGACCCUUGCCAGAAAGUGAAAUGCAGCCGUCACAAAGUUUGCAUUGCACAUGGCUACCAAAAAGCAAUGUGCAUAAGCCGUAAGAAGUUAGAGCACAGGAUUAAACAGCCCAGCAUGAAGAUUCAUGGAAACAAAGACAGUCUUUGCAAGCCCUGCCACGUGACCCAGCCUGCUACAGUCUGUGGUUCUGAUGGACACACAUACAGCUCUGUGUGUAAACUGGAGCAGCAGGCAUGUCUCACUAGCAAACAGCUGACUGUUAAGUGCCAAGGCUCUUGCCCCUGUGUAACAGAACACACACCUACCGCUACAACAGAGGCUGGCAAACAAGGAGAGACGUGCACUGGUCAGGAUUUAGCUGAUCUCGGAGAUCGUUUACGGGAUUGGUUCCAACUUCUUCAUGAGAAUUCUAAACAAAAUAACACAUCAAACCCUGGAAGCAUACAAGUAAAUGUUUUGGAUAAGAGCCUAGUGGCUGGCUGCAAGGACUCCAUUGGAUGGAUGUUUUCAAAGCUGGACUCCAACAACGAUCUCUUCCUGGACCAAGCAGAGUUGACAGCUAUCAACCUGGACAAAUACGAGAUCUGCAUUCGGCCAUUCUUCAAUUCCUGUGACACUUAUAAGGAUGGGCGCGUUUCCACCGCAGAGUGGUGCUUCUGCUUCUGGAGAGAGAAGCCACCAUGUCUUGUGGAGCUUGAGAAGGUUGAGAUACAGGAGGCAGCUAAAAGAAAGCCAGGUGUGUUCAUUCCCAGCUGUGAUGAGGAUGGCUACUACAGAAAGAUGCAGUGUGAUCGGGCCAGUGGAGAAUGCUGGUGUGUGGAUCAACAUGGCUCAGAACUGACAGGAACACGGAUUCAUGGAAACCCAGACUGUGAUGACAUGGUUGGAUUUUCUGGAGAUUUUGGAAGUGGUGUGGGGUGGGAAGAUGAAGAAGAAAAAGAGACAGAAGAUGCUGGUGAGGAGGCCGAGGAAGAAGAAGGAGAGACAGGCGAGGCAGAUGAUGGAGGAUAUAUCUGGUAGACACGCAGUAGCAGAGUCCUGUCUAGGCCUUGCAGCAAUGUUGGGAGGUUGCAGUAAAUAGUGAUCUGACGCCAGUGAUCAGGAAACACAGCUGAAUGUACAUUAUACUUCAACAGAAAUUGUGUGUGUGAGCAUGCAUGUGUGCCUGUCGAUUGAUUGCUUUGAGAUUCCAGCUCAUUUUCCUAUGACAUAAGUGAGCUGUCUUACCUGAAAUUAGGCAUUUUAUUCCUUUCAUUAUUAUUAUGUCAUCUUUAUUUCUGACUCCAGAAUCAAGCACACACCUCUGAGACAUGUUUUCUGCCACCCAGCCAUGAAAGGGCUUAUAGCCAAAGAGAUAUUGGAUACUCUGAAAUGAGAUUGAAAACCUCAAACAAGGUAUUAUUAAUUCACUAGUGUUCAAAAAGAUUCCUGAAGUCAUUUAGCUGUCAACAUUAAUACCCUUAAAUAUGGUUGUAUGAAAAGAGCCUAUUCCCACUGCUUGAUAUAGAAUAGAAAGUCACUUCUUUUGUCAGCGGGUGCUUAUCUAUAUUGUGCUAAAGUCAAAUUUAUUUUUUGUUUAAAAAACAAAAAUAGGUGAACAUUUGGAAUUCAUGUAAGUUCGGAGAUGUACAUUAUUCUGCAUGUAAAAUCUUUCUGGCACAAUUUGAGUCACUUUGACCGUAGCUGAAAUGCUUAUAGGCAUCUUGUAUUGCUCAUGAAAGAUUAAAAAGAUAGAUCUUUCCAUUGUA